AAAAGGUGGCUCAUGACCAGAUAGAGCAGCACAUGUUUGUCUGUUUGUCGAAGCCUCGAGUUGUUUACAAUGAUGAAAAUGCAGUGUCUAACCUAGGAGAAUGUAUCAUUUGCUUUUUUGACAUGGAGGAAGGCUCAAGUGUAUAGACGAGUGGUUUAGUGUAAAAAGAUGUUGUCCAAAGCACCCGGAGGGUAUCUUCAGUUGAAAUCACCUCAUCUCUACCAUGUCUAGAUAGAGACUCACAGAGAUAGCAGCUGUAGCUGCUGUACGAUAGCUAGUAGAGAGUACGUUGUUUUUUUACGGUUGCCUAUGUAUUUACUGAUAAAUUUAAUUAAGCCUGGCAAUUUCUUUUAUUUCCGGAUGUUUAACAGACAGGAAGUGUGGUGGACUUGUUUACGAUUGAAUCCAUACAGACCCAAUGCUAGCUUUUCGUCCAUUGGCACGUUGCUGGUGCUAAUAUAUAUCGAGUUCUCGACGUGGGAUGGACAGGGAUCCGAGAAAGAAGUCGCAAGUCGAGACGGCCGGUUCGAGCAAGGAUCUCGACGAGGCACGAACCAAAGCGGCUCAGAUGGAGAAAACAAUGCGCUGGUGGUCCGACUGUACCGCUUCGUGGCGAGAAAAAUGGACGCGAGCAAAGAGCGAAAGAGACAAAUCGAGAGAGGAGAACAGACAGCUAAAGGCUCGUCUGGACGACGCUUGGAAAGAGCUGGCUAGCAUUCGCCGCGAGAAGCACUCCCUGGCGAAAGAAAACGAGAGACUCAGAGCGAAAUUAGGAGUUAGAGACGACGAUAUGAGAGGUAGCUCUGAAGACGGUAGCACGUUUGGUUCAUCCCCGGCGGGACCGUCGAGCACUUACUCUCCGAACGGUACCUAUACUGAUGUAGAAGUGGACGGAAGUGCUUCUCCUUCUCUUGCGUCGCGCUCUUCGUCGGAACAGCCGCCUGGAAUACUGCACUCAGAAGUCCAUUUUAUUGAGCAGAUAUUGGCGAGAACGGAGCGGAUGACGGGGCAACAACAAGCAUUACAAACGAGUUCCGACAACGGGUGGGGACUGGAGGAAACGAGGAUGGCAACAAUGCGUAAGAUUCAGGCAGAUGUGACAAGUCAGGACGAGGUGUUGAUGCAGGAGAUAGCUGCUUUGACUCUCAAGCUAGAAGAAUCACAGAAGAUCAUUGCUAGAGAAAGAAGUGCUAAGGCUGUUGUCGAUGAAACUGCAGACAAGCUCCAGCAGGAGGUACAGUUAAUGAAAGAGAGAUGUGAGGAGCUCAGGAGGGACCGAACCGAGGCUUUGCAGCAGCUUCGAGAUAUAAGAAAUCGACAUGACAAAGACAUCGCCCAGAUCCAAGUUAAUCUUGACGAAGAGUCAGGUUCGAGAGCCACUUCAGAUAAGAAAUUAAAAGACCUGAGAGCACAACUGGAGAAGUUGCAAGAAGAGAAUGCGGCUGAAUGGGGUCGGCGUGAGCAGCUAGAAACAGAGAAGAUGACACUGGAGAGAGAAAAGAAAAAGUUUUUAAUGCAGAUUGAAGACUUGGAGACGACAUUAGCAAGGAAAAAUCGACAGAUAAAGGCAAACAUGGAUGCCGACAUGAAAACUCUGCAGACAGAGUUCCAUGAAAAGUCAAAGGAGCUGUCAGAGCUGAAACAUAACCACAACCGCCUCAAGAAACAAAUGCUGGACCAGGCAGCCGAGCUGGAACACAGCAAACGACUGAUUGAGCAAAGAGAUCAAGAAGUAAAGCAGCUUCGAAUUCGAGUAGAGGAUCUCAAACGUCAAAUGGUCGAGGCUCAAGAUUCCGUCGACAUGAAAUGCAAUAGUGAACGAAAGCUUCAACGAACGAUAGACGAGCAGCAAGAGCAAAUAGAUAAUUUGCAAACACAACUAGGACACCAAUUGACCAGGUUGAAGAGACAGUCUCCGACUCCAGCAUUCAGUCGAACUGACAACGAACAACUCGAACACUACAGUUCUGAAGAAGACUGACAACCACUAGCAAUCAGAAGAGCUAAUGUACAAGAAGGAGAGCUAGAGUAUAGAGUGGCAAUACUAGGUUGUCGAUUUGGACAGUCAUACCCUCGAGAAGCGAACCCAAUACUAGAGAGACAACUAUACGAAUUGCUUGCAUUGUGUUUUCCAGUACUAUUUGAGAAUCUGCAGGUCAGGCAAGUUUAUUAAACAAAAGAUACGAGAACA